AUGGAAUCAUGGGUAGGGAAGAUCGUUUAUGGUUGCAUUACCCAGGCUAUCUCUGACUUUUACACCGAAAAUCCUCACUAUAGAACAAGGAUAGUUUUUACGAAGAGGGAUACUCAAGGAGAAACACUGCGUGCGUUAUCUGCUGCUCUGGAUCUUUUGGAAAAUAGUAAAGUGAAAGCGAUAAUAGGUCCAGAAUCAACAGCCCAAGCAAGAUUCUUGGAGGUUUUGGGAGACAAAGCCAAUGUGCCCAUUCUUUCAUUUUCAACAACUCCCUUUUCGAAUCAGAAUCCUUACUUUCUUCGAAUUGCAGAAGAUGAAACCACUCAGUUCAAAGGCAUUGCUGCCAUGGUUGAAUCAUUUGAGGCCAAGAACGUGAUUGUUAUCUGUGAGGACACUACAGAUGGAAGAGAAAUGGCUGCUUAUAUGUUUAGUGCAUUUCAAGAGAAAGGCAUACAAGUUAAGCAUACUAGCCUAAUUUCGACCUCUGCCAGCAAAGAGCAAGUCGGGAAAGACCUUCACAAGCUUCAAACCAUGCAAACCAUGGUGUUUGUCGUCCACACACAGCCUUCUCUAACAGCCCAUCUUUUUUCCAGGGCAAAAGAGUUGGGCAUGAUGGGUGAAGGAUACAUGUGGAUCAUAACAAGUAAGACUACCAACUUGUUGAAUUCCAUGGAUGCUGAAGCAAUCAAAUCGAUGCAGGGGGCUGUGGGUUUCAGAUCGUAUUUUCCAGCAUCAAGAAAGCUUCACAACUUUGCUUCAAAAUGGAGGGAGGAACAUUAUGCUUUAAACCCUUUUAAGGAGUUUAAGGAGGUAGAUUCUUAUGGGAUAUGGGCAUAUGAUGCAGUUUACGCGCUAGCCACUGCUGUCGAGUGGGUAAAAACUAAAGAAUUUGUUUCGAAAGACUUGGAUAUCGUUGGCACAUCACUUUUGGAUGAGAUGUUAAGACUCAACUUCCAAAGUUUAGGUGGUGAAUUCAGGCUUCUGAAUGGGAGAACCAUCUCCAAAGCCAUGGAAGUUGUAAAUGUGAUUGGUAAGGGUGAUAGGAGGGUUGGAUUCUGGAUGAUGGCUAAUGGUGGUGAGUUUGUGAAGGAAAUUGGAAAACCAAAUUCUUCUUCAAAUCAUGGCCUGGAAAGUAUCAUAUGGCCGGGCGGGUCUGAAACUUCACCAAAGCGUAGGAUGUUACAAACCAAUGACAAGAAGCUGAGGAUUCUGGUUCCAGAUUUUGCCACAUUCCCAAAUUUGUUACAACUGACUGUUGAUCCCAUAACAAAUCUAUCGGGUGUCAGUGGCUUUUGUGGGGAUGUUUUCAAUGCUGCAUUUAAUGCCUUGGAUUAUGGCGUAGGCGUUGAGAUUAUUCCGCUCCCUUAUAAGGAUGGAAUGAGUUAUGAUGAUGUUAUUGAAAAAAUCUCUCUUAAAGAAUAUGAUGCUGCGGUUGGGGAUAUAACGAUCACAGCAAAUAGGUCUCUCUAUGUCGACUUCACAUUGCCCUUCACUGAUCUGGGAAUCGGGACACUAGUCCACAACUCCAAGAAAAGCACAUGGAUCUUCUUGGAUCCUCUUAGUGCAGAUCUUUGGAUCACAAGUGCUUGUUUCUUUCUCUUUUUAGGGUUUGUCAUUUGGUUUAUCGAACAUCGUACAAACGAAGAAUUUCAAGGUUCAGCAAGACAGCAAUUUGGAACAACCCUCUGGUUUUCCUUUUCAACCCUUGUUUAUGCUCACAGGGAGAAACUGCAAAGUAAUCUAUCAAGAUUCGUGGUCACGGUUUGGGUUUUCGUAGUGCUUGUGCUCACAUCAAGUUACACUGCAACUUUGAGUUCACUUUUAACUGUACAACAGAUUGGAAUGAAUCAGAUAUCUAUCGGAUUCCUGGGUGUUUCUCCAUUAGGAGGACUUGUCUUUAACAAACUGAACUUUGGUGGCCCAAAAAUUGAGAAACUAUAUUCACCUGAGGCCUAUGCUAAAGCAUUAACAAGUGAAAGUGUUGAUGCAAUCAUCAAUGAGAUCCUUUACCUCAAAACAGUCAUUGCAAUGUAUCCUUCUUCUGAUCUCUCCUUGAUCGCAACAGCAUCCACUACUAAUGGUUUUGGCUUUGUGUUCCAAAAAGAUUCACCUUUGGCCGGAGAGAUGUCGACUGAGAUAGCGAAGAUGCGUCAAGAUGGGACUUUGAAAACUUUAGAGGAUAAAUGGUUAAAACGUGAUUCUGGGCAUGCAGUGAUCCCAAAGGAUUUUUCUUCCCCUUCGCCAAAAAUCUUGAAUCUUUAUGGGUUUAGGGGUCUCUUUCUUAUAAGUGGUGGGACGAUGGCAUUUUCCCUUUUGGUGUCCAUGGUUCGUCUUUUUCGUGAAAACUUACAUGUCAAAAUUAUGAUGCAGAUAUUGAGGUGCAUCUUAAGAUCCACAUAG